GGAGAACGAGAGCAAAUGAUUGUGAACAACAGUGAUUACGGAACAUAGUAAAUUAUGCAGAUCUGUGGACAAGAGAAAUACGUUUGUCAUCUCUCAUCAAGUGUUCAGUUGGAGUCAUUUGAAGGUAACACUGAAGAUGAGAACAGCGUCUAUGACUACAUUUUCUACCUCUACGCCAUCCAUCCUUCUGCAGAACCUGAAGAUGAACUCCUCUGAGCAGCCGGGUCCCUGGCUGAACAGCAGCACCUUGCUACCUGUGAAAUCGUCAAGUUUGGGGAUGUCCUGCUUCACUAUGACAUUUGGCGCCAUCUCCAACCUCACAGCUCUGGGCAUCCUGGCUAAGUCCCGUGUCCGAUUCCGCCGCCCAUCCAAAUCCCCAUUUCUGCUUCUUACAGUAGCUUUGCUUCUGGCUGAUCUUGCAGGUCAUGUUAUCCCGGGCGCAUUUGCUUUGUAUCUGCACACGGAUCAGAUUAAUCAAAUGAAGGCCGUGAAGCCCACCAAAGUAUUCUGCCAGAUAUUUGGGGCCAGCAUGGUCUUUUUUGGCUUAUGCCCUUUACUGUUGGGUUUUGCCAUGGCAGUAGAGCGCUGUGUGGCCAUCACCUGGCCCUUUUUCCACGCUGCUAUGGUCACAUUGGGUCAUGUGUGGCGAGUUGUGUUAUUGCUGUCCUCUCUUGCAUUUGUGCUGGCAGUUCUACCUUUAUUUGAGGUGGGCACCUAUACUACCCAGUUUCCUGGUACAUGGUGUUUCUUACCUAUCCAUGGUCCGAGGUCUACAGCCGACACCAAUUUGGCUCUGGCCUUCUCAUGUUUGGGUCUUACCGCGCUUACUUUUUCCCUACUCUGCAACAUCCUGAGUGGUCUGGCAUUGCUGCAAGCCAGGAAGAAGUCCCACAAUGUAAAUACAAAAUCAGCAGCUCGCUGCACUCGUCGUGCAUCAUCCACAUCUUCCACCUUUUCUCGUUCGUUGAAUGUGGAGAUGAUGGUGCAACUGGCAGUAAUCACCGUGGUUUCCUGUGUAUGUUGGAGCCCCUUUCUUAUCCAUAUUCUUGUGAUGCAGUUCAAACAAAGAACCUCAACCCAAGAGAAAGAUGGUUUCAUUCUUCUGGGCUUACGUAUGGCAUCCUGGAAUCAAAUCUUGGACCCUUGGGUUUACAUCUUACUGAGGAAAGCUGUGCUUAUUAGAGUUUGCUGUGCCACAGUGACAGAAAAUAGGUCCUUCGCAGACUCACACAGGCAAGCCUUCAUGCUGCAAUGACCAUUUUGCUCUAACAAAAAUAAAUUAUCUUUUCUUGUGUGUGGUGAAAAAUAUACAACUGGCUGUGUUUUUUCUUUCUAAAAGGCUUUGUGAGGUCAAUAUUCAGCAAGCCAGGCUUACAAUGCAGCAGUGUGAAUAAG